AUGUCUGCCAUUCAGAAGAAUUUACAGGAGAAGAAUGCGAAAUAUGCAGCGGAGUUUACAAAGGGCCAUCUUGCACUCCCACCAGCGAAGAAGUAUCUUGUUCUGACAUGCAUGGACGCCCGCAUCGACCCCGCUGCCGCAUUUGGCAUUGAGCUGGGCGACGCUCAUGUCAUUCGCAACGCUGGUGCUAGUGCAAGGGAUGCUCAACGCUCGAUCAUCAUCUCAGAACAACUGCUGGGUACAAACGAGAUAAUCUUAGUCAAGCACACUGGCUGUGGCAUGUUGACUUUCCAGAACGAGGAUGCGCAGAGCCUUGUCAAAAAGAACCUCGGUGAUGGCGCCGCAAAGGAAAUCGCAGGCCUUGACUUCUUGGCAUUCCCCGAUUUGGAACAAGCUGUGAAGGACGAUGUCGACUUCUUGAAGAAAACAGAAACGGUCCCAAAGGGUGUUGCCAUCAGUGGGUGGGUCUAUGAAGUUGAGACAGGUAAGACGAGGCAGGUCGUGUAG